AUGGCGGACGUGAACCCGAAGGCGUACCCGCUCGCGGAUGCGCAAUUGACGAUCACCAUUCUGGACAUCGUCCAGCAGGCGUCGAAUUACAAGCAAUUGAAAAAGGGCGCGAACGAGGCGACGAAGACGCUGAACCGCGGUAUCUCGGAAUUUGUCGUGCUCGCGGCGGAUACGGAACCGUUGGAGAUUUUGCUUCAUCUCCCGCUGCUCGCGGAGGAUAAGAAUGUGCCGUACGUCUUCGUGCCGAGCAAGCAAGCGCUCGGACGCGCGUGCGGUGUCUCUCGACCGGUGAUCUCGUGCUCGGUGACCACGAAUGAGGGUUCGCAGCUGAAGCAACAGAUUCAAAACUUGAAGGAUGCGAUCGAGAAGUUGCUCAUCUAA